GGCUUCACGAGUGGCAGACAGCUACAAUUACUGUGUGGAGUUUACUGGGGUUUAUACAACCUCCUACCCGAGUUUACAGCAGGAAAAGGUGCUCAAGUUUGUACUGGUUGGGGAACUCCUGAUACAAGUGGAACGCUUGAGGUUGAGACACCAGCGAAUGCUGAGGGAACAGGAGAAGGAAUUGGACCCUAAGCCCGGGGACACGGACUUCUCCCAAGCCCCCCACCUACUGUUGGGAGAGGUCUUCACAGAGGCUGAAAAGGCCAGGAUAGAAAAUUCUCCCCAACCCUUCUGUGAAGGAGAGAAGUUUUGCAUACCCCUGCGGAGACUGCUUGCUUAUCCCAAGCUGCACCGCCUAUGUGUUGAGGAAGACAGGAUGCGGUCCCUCAUUGCUGACUCCGUGUGCUUAAGCAAUGAUGGUUCUGCAAUCGUGGUUGACCUGCAUAAUUCUUGGGAUUAUUGGCCUGAAGACAACUGAGUCAUCUGAAUUUCUCGAAGCUCAGAGUCUCACUGAUAGUUAAGUUGGCUUAGAAUUCAAACUUCUUUGGUUUUGUGGUGCUGGGAAUUGAACUCGGGUCCUUGUGCAUGGUAAGCAAGCACUCUGCCACUGAGCUACAUCCUCAGCCCUAGGAUUUAAACUUUGUACAGUCAUAAUUCAAGUAAUAUUUUAAAAGUUUUAACACAAAUCGGGUCCUGAACUCGUUGACAGAUGUGCCUGACAUAGGCUGUUCUUCGACUGAGAAAGGGCUUAAAUAAAGUUACUUUCCUUUAAAA